AAUCUCAGCACCAAAAAGAAAAAAAAAAAAAGGUCCUCUCUUUUUUAUGGCAGCCAAUUUACAGAGGUUGGGAUUGGCAAAGCGAUUUCUUCCUUCACUGACUCUCAGGAGGGGCGUGCAUGCGUCCGUGUACGACAAGAACAUAGAGGAGCAUGUGCACUCGACCGUGGUGCCCGACUAUUUAAUCCUACCUCAAUCUGACAAAUACUGGGCUCCUCACCCUCAGACCGGGGUUUUCGGCCCUACAACUGAUCACAAACCGGUUGAUUUCUACACCUCAUCGACGAGAGCUAGUGGAAAUUCAGUGUUGGAGCAGAAGGCCUUUUUCCGCCCUCUCGAGGAUUUGGAGAAGCCACCUCACCCUUGAGUUGUAGGGGAGAUCUAGAAGUAUAACCCCUGCAAUGUAAAUUAGCAUGGUGAAUAGGUUUGCUUGCCAUAAUAGUUAUAUAUGUUUGUUUGUGUGAAAUUUAGUGAAUAAUACUGCUUUAAUAUUCAUAUUUUGUAAGAAAAUUGGGUUGAUGUUGCUUGUAAUGCUAUAUGCUUUUGCCAUCUGGUGUAUUUGGCUGUAAGAGAAUUCAUUUCAUUUUU